UGGCGGAAAUAUAACAUGUAUAAAACAUGUAAGAGGCAAUAUUUAUGCUAAACAGUGCUCAGAAAAACGAUUGUGUGUGUAACACGUUCACAAGUGGAAGACUUUAUGAUCAGGCGUUGGUAUUAUUAACAGCUUAAAAGUUAAAAAUGCGGGAUGUCGAUAACGGAUGGGCCUGGGUGAUCAUGAUGGCGGCAUUCGGCACUCAGUUUGUAACCGGGGUGUUGGGUUACGGGGUUGGAGUGUUUCACAACGCAUUCCUAAAUGAAUUUCAAGGGGAUUUAACAUUGACAUCACUGGUGGGAUCUGUGUUUGGUAGUCUGCUUAGUCUUCUAGGACCUUUAGUGAGCUUUGUCAUCAAUAAAUGGAGCUGUAGAGUAGCAGACAUUAUAUCGGGAGUUUGUAUAUUUACCGGGCUCUGUUCAAGCUACUUUGCUCCAAAUCUAAUUACUUUAAUAUUCACAUUUGGAGUUAUUGCAGGAACUGGCCUUGGUUUUAGCGGAAUAACAGCUGUUAUUGUUGUGGGAUAUUCCUUCAAGAAAUAUCGUGGAAUCGCUGUUGGUUUGAAUGUAGCAGGUGCAGGACUAGGGAUGUUUGCAUCAGGUCCUUUCAUCCAAUAUCUGAUUGAUCAGUAUGGACUCCGAGGAGCUUUGCUCAUCUUAGGUGCCUUUGGAGGUCAAAAUAUUGUAUUUGGCGCUUUGAUGAGGCCAACAAAAAUAGAAAUGUCGUACAAGCAUUCUAGUAAAACCACCUCAGAAAAUAGAAAAAUGUGCGACUCUCGCUGUGAUAUUCUUAAAAAUAAGCCAUUUCUUUGUAUUUUGACCUGCUCAUUUUUAUGGAAUGUCCCCUUUGCCAUUUUGUUCAUUCAUCUACCGCGGUUUUCAGUUGUCUAUGGUGCCACAGAUAUGCAAGCAGCCUCAUUGAUCACAAUGAUUGGGGUAGGGAGUACUCUUAACAGAUUUCUAGCAGGGAUGGUGUUAGGUCCAGGUGGAAUAGACCCUUUGCUUCUCAACUUUGGAUUUCUUGGAAUUUUUGGUCUGACGACAGCUACAUUUCCACUUUAUUGUACGGAUUAUAUUGGUCAAAACAUAUACUCUCUUAUAACAGGAAUUUACAGUGGGGGCCUUACUGUAUUAAUUAAUCCUCUGUGUAUAGAAAUAGUGGGUAUAUCUCAACUCUCAACAGCUGUAGGACUAUAUUUUACUUGGGCGGGGAUUGCGUGGAUAUUAGGAGGACCAUUUGCAGGAUUUUUAAUUGAUAACAAUGUUUCAUAUCAGGUGCUGUUUUUCAUAUCAGGGUCAAUAUGUAUUCUAGGUGCAUUUGUAAGUCUCUGUGCAUCUCUAUGGCACAAGGCUACAGACAACGUUGAAAAGACCGCUUCCUUUGUGGACUUUAAGGAAAGCCGUUUUCUUUCCGGAUCAGCAUACUUUUCAGGUUCCUUCACCGUUAUUAUUGACAACGGAAACACGACACAACUGCAUCAAGGAUCUCAAGAAUUUGGCAACAAAAACGUUCUUAGUAAAACUAGUGUUGAAAGUCUAUUUAUGGACAAAUAUACAUUGAAUGAUGAUGUAUCCCCUAAAACAAUUGAAGUUUCAUCUGAACUUGAACUCGAAAAUUUCACACCCAUAUCCAGAAAGAAACUGCUUACACGUUUCGAUCAAAACAUGGAUCAUUUAAACGAAUUUACACCUUUACAGAUUCAGGAAAUCAGAGUUGUUCCAUUGAGUGAUACUGACAGUUGACAAUUUUAAAAAGUCCCAGUGAAGUAUAUUAAAUUGAUUUUUCAAUUUUUAUUUACC